CUGAAGAUUUUUCAAUAUAAUCUAUUUAAUAUUUUUAUUACAAUGAUUAUUCAAAUUUUAUGAAAUAAAUAAAUAAAUCAACUACAUAUUUUAAUUGCAUUUAUAUAAUCUACAUUCUAUUCAUUUAUAAAAUGGAGGAAAUAGAAUACACAACUGUGAUUGAAUGGUAUUGUCGUCAGUUCUACUAUAAUGGAAUGUUAAUGUAUUGCAAAGAAGCAUGUGAAGCAUAUCCAACAAGUGAACGCUUAAGAAUUCUAUUAAGUCUUGCAUAUGCCCUAAACAGAAAAAAUCAGGAAGCAAUUAAAGAAUGCUUAAGUAUGUUAAAUAAUGCUGAUGCAGCUUUAGCAGCAUUGCUUCUGCAGAAUAUAGCAUAUGCGAGUAGCGAGAAUGUUGAGAAGACUACUUUGAUGCAAAUUGAAACCAGAAUUAGAGAUGAAAGAAGGAAAGCAUCUCCAUAUGCAUUGGCAUUAGCAGCAUUAGUAUUGACUUUAGUACAAAAAGUUGAGAAAUCUAAAGAUUACAUAGAAAGAGCUUAUAAACUAGACUCCUCUAAUAUAAAUGUUUUGUUAAUUAAAGGAUGGGUAGAUUUAUUUAUAGUGAAUGAAAUCAAUUUGGACACAUCAAAUUUGUUUGAAAUGGUUUUAAAGGAACAACCAAAGAAUGUAUAUGCUCUUCUUGGUUCUGCAAAGUAUAAACAACAGCAUGGUGACAGUGCAGGGGCAAUAUUAACAUUGAAUUCAUUGAUUGUACGUUAUCCUAAAUUGUACCUGCCUUUAAUAGAAAAGUUGCACAAUCAACUGACGAUGAAAGAUUGGGACCAAGUUCUAGAGACUGCUAACAGGAUAUCAUCUAUUGAUUCAAAUAACAUAGAUGCUUUAAAAGCACGAGUGUUUAUAACGAUUUGUAGGAACGGAAAUUACGAGGAAGGAUUGAAAGAUCUACAACCAUUUUUUAGAAAUUUGAUACUAACAGAAACACGGAACGUUACUGUUUUAGUUAACAACGUUCAAUUAUUCUCGCGAUUAGCGUGUAAAAAUCAAGAGAUUCUGUUAGAACUUGCAAGAACCGUGGAUCGAGUAUUGCAACAAAAUUCUAAAAAUUCAGAUCUUAUGGUUGAGCUGGGGAAUAUAUAUGUGUCACUGGGAAAAGCAAAGGAUGCAGAACAUUAUUAUAAAAGUGCUAUUAAAAUAAAUGAGUCCUCUUUCUCAGCUUUGAUAGGCCUGGCGCAAUGUCAACUUUCAGACACCUCAAUUGAGGGGCUGAACUUGGCACAGCAACAAAUUGAUUUCCUUAUGGAGAUGCAAUCCAACUCGAUGAAUGCAGAAUUACUUUUUAUGUCUGCAAAGGUAAAGACCAGUGCUCCGAGUCAAGCUCUAAAUGACUUAGACAAUGCAGCUACUAUCAUAUUAAAUAACUGUAAACAUGUACCAUACGGAUAUGAUUACAUAAAAAGAUUAAAUCCUGAUCUGUGCUUAGAUAUUUGCAAGCAACGUUUAGUUUACUCAAUAACAAAUAGUGUAACAAAUCUGGAGGAGAAAGUAGUAAAUGAUGAAGAGCCAAGCUUGUAUUUAUUGGAACAGCUCACAGAUGCAUACCCUGGUUUAAUUACAGCACAAUUGUUGCUGAGUAAAGCUAAAAUGCAGAGUGGUGAGUUGGAGGAUGCUGCCAAUAUACUGAAGAAUAUUCUGAAUAAUGUUGAUUCAUCUAAUGCAGAAGCACACUUAUUAAUGGCUCAGAUCUUGGCUUGUCAGGGAAACUACCAAUUGGCUUCUCAAAGUCUUGAAGUUGGUCUGAGCUAUAACUUUAAAAUCAGGGAUAACCCUAUUUAUCAUUUAAUCAUAGGCAUCGUUCAGAAAGAAAAUAAAGACAUUGAAAGUGCGAUAAAAAGUUUCCAAACUGCAAUGUCCUAUGCGGGACUACAGCCUCGUGAAAGCAAGCUGGAAACUGUGCAUAUCUCAGCGUCGGAUACAGCAACGUUGUAUCUCGAAUUGAUUUCUGCAUAUGGCAAGAUGAGACGAUUCAAUGAAGCAAUUACCCUAAUACAAGAGGCAAACUUAAGGUUUGGGAACACUAUUGAAGAAGGUAGAAUACUGAUAGGACAUGCAGAACUACUUUUAGAAAUGGGAGAAUUGGACGAGGCCAUCAAGUGCUUGUCUAGAGUAACUUCAGAUCAGCCUUAUUACCUGCAAGCACACACACGUCUGGCUGAAAUCAAUUUAAAGUAUAAAAAGGACAGGCUUGCCUUUGCUAUGUGUUUUAGAGAAUUAGUGGAGCACUGUCCUGGUCCAAAGACAUAUAGUAUGCUGGGUGAUGCAUAUAUUUCCAUACAGGAACCAGAGCGAGCAAUAGAAGCAUAUGAACAAGCCAUGAAACAAAAUCCUAUGAAUAAGUUGCAGAUAGCCAGCAAGUUAGGGAAAGCCCUUGUAAAAACACAUCAAUACACAAAGGCUAUAAAUUAUUAUUGGGAUAUGGUGAGACAAGAAAAUUUCAAGGAAUUGAAGUUAGAUCUUGCUAAGUUAUUCGUGACAAUGAAACAGUAUGAUAAAGCAGAGUCUACAUUGGUACAAGAACUGCAAGAAGGACGUCGGGAUUCUGAUUUGCAGAAUCUAGAGGUACGCGGUCAAUUAUUGCUUUUACUUGCGAAAACAAGAGAAAAAGCAGAUAAUAUUCACGGCGCUCUGACUGCGUUGAAAGAAGCUAAAGAGAAUCAACACAGGUACAUACAACGUCUAGGAAGUUCUACUAUGGAAGAUGAGAAGCAAAUCUUGGCGAAUAUCUGCCUGACUAUGGCCAACUAUUCGUCAUCUUUAAGAGAUUAUGAUCAAGCAAUAACACAUUACAAAGAAGCUUUGAAUCAUAAGCCUGCGAACGUGCAAGCUCUUUUGUCACUGGCAAAGAUAUACAUGCAGACUAACAAUUUAGACAAAUGCGCGCAGAGCUGUGCAGCUUUGUUAAACGCAGAUCCGAACAACGAAGCGGCUUCCAUCAUGAUGGCAGAUCUCGCGUUCCGAAAGGUAGAUUUUGACACAGCAGCAUAUCACUUCAAGCAAUUGUUGCUAAAGCAACCAACGUACUGGACUGCACUCGCAAGGCUGAUAGAAGUCUCACGCAGGACAGGGAACAUGGAUGAUCUCGAGGAAUGGCUUCAUCGCGCAGAGUUAGGGAUGAGCGGAUCAAACUUGGCAGCUGGGUAUUAUUACUGCGCUGGCUUGUUAGAUUGGCGCACGGGAAGAUUAAACUCCGCGCUUCGUCAGUUUAAUUUUGCAAGACGUGAUCCUGAGUGGGGUCAACAAGCAAUAUAUAACAUGAUUGAGAUUUGUUUAGAUCCGGACGAUGAUUCCUCUCUUUCCAACGAAGUCUUUAACGACGAUGACAGCGAGUACCAAGACUCUAGAACGAUGGCCUUGAAAACUGCCUACCGUCUCUUGCAGGAAUUAAAUCCCAAAGGCAGUCCUCACGAAAUGUUAACGCACAGGCUGCUAAGUAAUUUCUUCCUGCUGGCUACAAAGCAAAAGUCGAACAUAGAAAAGGCCUUGCAAGAUUGUACUGCGCUAGCCAGCCAAGAAGCUCUGAGGGAUCACGUAGGGCCAGCCCUUGGCAUGGCAAUGGCUCACAUCCUUCUCAAACAAACUCCCAGAGCCCGGAACCAUUUGAAACGCGUCAGCAAGAACAUAUGGACCUUCGAGGACGCCGAGUACUUGGAACGCUGUUGGCUGCUCUUAGCCGAGAUUUAUGUGCAAUCGAACAAAUACGACUUGGCUAAUGAGCUGCUGAGAAAGGUCUUGCAGCACAAUGCUACUUGCGUGAGGGCUCAUGAAUUGUCUGGCCACAUAGCCGAGAAAGAGCAGAACUAUAAGGAAGCUGCUCUGCAAUACAGCCAAGCUUGGAGGUACGGUGGAAAGUCCAAACUUUCUGUAGCCUACAAACUGGCUUACUGCUCCAUGAAGGCUAAAGUGUACGCUGAAGCAAUCGACGCCUGCAAUGAUAUCCUAAAACAGAGUCAUGAUUACCCACGCGUGAAAAAAGAUAUUCUAGAAAAAUGUAUCAAUAAUUUACGCACGUAAUAAAAGGUCUGGUUCACAGAAAAUCAACGCAGUGUUGUUUACAUUUUUUUUCUAUCAGAAAAUACUCUCUGCGUGACUCUCAAGCUCAAGUAGACGUU